AUGUCGUUCUCCGAGACGAACGACGCGCUUGAAGCGUACCUCGGCGAUCGCUACUCUGAAGAUGACUGGGUGGAACCCAGACGUCUGUUGUUCUCCGGCGAUGCCGACAACGCCGAAUCCUUGAAGAACCUUAGGGUUAUCAGGAAGAUGUACAUACCGGACUCACCAGCAAAGUCUUCCGUGGGUAUACCUGCCUCGAGGGCAGUCGGCCGCUUGCCAAAGUCAAAGGUUCAUAAGUCACGAAGAUUAUCGAAAGCCGCAUACAAGUUUAUCCUUCAUGAGGCCGAGGAGGAUGAUGAAGAUGAAGAGGAAGAGGAAGAGGAAGAGGUCGGUGAAGUUGGUUUGUCUGUGCAGUCGCCGAAGGCUACGCGCUUGCCGGGACCGUCAGCCAAACAGAGGUUGGCCGCAACUUUCGACGAUAUGGCGACUCGGUUUGAACAGAAUCCACAAAACUCGUCUCAAGGUCGCCAGGAUCCCACUAUUGAAAACAGGAUGUACCUGCUCAAUGUUCAGAGAACUACUGCUGACUACAUCGCGGCACACCUUCGGAAGAAAGAAUUUCCGGUUACCGUGUCAGCUUGGGUGGCAAGUCAGCUGUACGUGGUGGCGGACAGCCCCAAAACAAUCGCCGAGUCCCUGCCCACAUCUCUCUGUCUUGCCGUGAAAGACUAUAUCCGUAUCACGCAAGAAGAACAUGAGGCCGUCGAACGUUCACAGUUUGAAUUUCCCAUCCCAGCAUGGGUGAGGAUUAAAAAGGAUAAGUACAGGGGCGACCUGGCACAAGUUUUCGAGAAUCUCCCAAACGGUGCUGUCGCGGUCUUGAUUGUCGCACGAGAUUUUCCCUAUCCUAUGCCUCGAGGAUCUCGAGCGCUUGUCGAGCGUUCUCGCCUCCCGAAAAAUAAAACCGUGGACGACCUACUUCAUGAUGACCAAGUAGUAGGAUGGAAGUACAAGGGAGAAUGUUACUACAAGGGGCUCCUACUGAAAACCUUUCCCCGCGACCGAUUAGAAAUUGUCGCAUCCCCCCACGUUGACGACAUUCGGAUGCACCUAGAUUCCGAAUGGAACAAACCCUUCCUGAAGAAAACUCUGGUCGCGUUCUCGAAACAGUUCUUGCGGGCGGGCGAUUGCGCGAGGGUCGUCGAAGGCUCCCUUCGUGGGGAGCUCGGUACGGUUAUCUCUACCGACCACGCUCUUGGGAUCAUCGUUCUGGAAUCCGCCUUUGACGGACAUCUGAAAGAGACCGAAGUCCGACUGCAGGACAUAGACCGCAUCUUUCGAGUUGGUGAUGCUGUCAGAGUGAUAGCCGGUUCAUACUUAGGUCUGGAAGGAAACAUAGUCCAAAUGUCUGGUGAUAUCUUUCACGUCUGUCAAAGUGUUACCAACGAGCAUGUCGAAGUGUCAAAAUACUACUUAGAUCUGCGACCGUUGAAUCACACGCUGAAUUCACACCUGCCGGCGCAGCAAUUUUUCGAGCCCCUCGAGUCCGACUCUAUCCAAAUAGGAGAUUAUAUAGAAGUCCUGGAGGGUGAACAUAUGGGGAGACGUGGCGUCGUGAAUUGGUUUGCUAAGGGAGACACUUGUCUCUGGUUCCGGGAUAUUCUCACUGCAGACAGUACAGAGCCCGAUGACACAUUGGGGAGUAUCUUAGUCCCAGCUGGAAUUGUCCAGCGGACGGACCUCAGAAAGACGCUUCAAUUCACGAAGGAUAAGGGUUACGAUGUCAGGCCAGGAGACGUCGUGACUGUCGCCCGUGGGCUGGAGCAUGGCGCGAAAGGGGUCGUGCAAAGCGUAGACUUUCCAAACGCUCGCUUGACCCUGCUAUGUGAAGGGGACUAUUCGAUAAUCACCGUUCCGAUUACGUUUGUCAUCAAAGUACGCAAUGCUGAGUUGGAUUCCUUCAAGAAGGAUAUCGGGCAAGAGGUUUUCAUUAUUGGGGGUCACCAGAAGGGCUUCAGAGUGAUGCUGUACAGUCUUGGCCUGGAGACUUGCACCGUUGCUGUGCACGGUCAGCAGCGCACUACAAUUAAGCUGUAUGACGUUGUCAAUAAGUACGGAAAGAGGCUAAAUGGUGCGAUGCUCGAAGGCCCGGAAUUAAUUUCAUUCUGUGACAUGCGGAAAAAAUCAUACUUGGCGCCACCAUGUCGAAGCAUCACCCCACCUCCCGAAAAAGCUCCCUCCAGCUCCUUGGCGUCCAACAUAGGUCCCAUACCCUCGUCAUCCAGCGGAUGGUCCACAUGGUCCGGAAGCUCGGGCGGUCUUGAUGUGACACAAGACUCUUCAUCGAGUGUCAAUCCCAUCUCGUCUACACACCAGGCGUGGACCAUUGAUCAGCUCGACAUUCAAGACAACAAUGAUGCUAGAGCAGAGCAACUCAAAGACAGCGGCCCACUACCUUGGUUGAGAGAGUUUUCUUCCGUUUUCCUCAAAUAUCACGCGAUGCUGAAGGUCUCGCCGAUAUUUGACGCAUCGCUAUCUAAGCGAUUUGUAUCAACCACUUGUCCUGACCCUUUCUGCGGCGAGAAUGGACCCGCGCCCGAGGAUUGCGUCGCAGCAUUUUGCACAUCAAACAGUGCAGGUGCUGCAAUCAAGCACUACCAUAUCCCUGCCAUUUACCUGAGCCCUGCGCCUCCACGCAAGAAAAACCAAGAGUGCAUUAUUCUGAAUGGGCCUCAUCGAGGUCUUGUCCGACAUUUAGCAUCAUGCAGCAUCAAAAGCAGUGACGUCAAGAUCAAUAUAACACCUACGGUUACUGUCACUCUUCGUUUUGAUCAAAUAUGUCUGUUGGAACCGACGCGAUAG